AUGAGUCAAAACAUGAAUUUAGACUCCAUUCAGAAACAAAUGGAAAAGACAGAGUUUUUUGGGAGCCAACCAACACAACCUGAUAAAUUAGAUAGAUGUUGGCAACCAGGUGACCAUCUGUUUCAUUCAAAUCUUCCAUCUCAAAGUUUCUACCCAAAUUCAUCUAAUUAUGCACAUAUGCAUACAAGUUACAGCAGUGAUUGGGAAAUUUUUGAAGCAGUAAAAAUUCAGGAACUGGAGGAAAUCAAAGCCAGAGCUGCCCAAAUGGAGAAGACCAUGCGCUGGUGGUCAGAUUGCACCGCUAAUUGGAGGGAGAAAUGGAGCAAAGUUAGAGGAGAAAGAAAUAAAGCACGAGAGGAAGCAAGACAAUUGAGAAUCAGACUAGACAGUGUCAUAAAAGAGCUAAGUGUGCUUAAAAAAAUAAAUCAAGAUUUAGUAAGUGAGAAGGAAAACACAGAAAAUGGAACUGCUUGGAAAACAGAAUGCUGUUGCUCAGAAAUACCCUGUAUUAAAAAAGACCAAAGCCUGCUAAUGUUUCUGGAACCAGAACCACCGAAAGACAUAACCAAAAUAAUCAAAAUUCCUGGGGCAGAAGACACAAAGAAGGAUGGAAGCAAAGACCAAAGCAACGACAAUAAAAAAUUUGCCCCAAAUCCUCCCGAUUUCUUCCCCAAUGGACUUCCCAGCAUCUGUUUGAAGGAACCUAAAAUAAGUUUGGGCACUACAGCUAAGACAACAGAGAAUGAUUUAAUACAUGUGUCAGUCUUAAAUUUGCAUUUGGCUGAGAUGAGGAAAUUCUUACAGAAGGAAAGAGAAAUGAAUGUAUUUCUGGAGAAAGAAAUGGAAAAGAUGGAAAAUGAAUUAUUUCUUUGGAAAUGGAAAUAUGAAGAACUGAGACAAACCAAGCUGGAAAGCCUGAAACAGAUGGAAAGAAUGCAGUGUGAGAAUGCCUCUGAAUGGGGAAAGAGAGAGCGACUAGAAGCAAAAAAACAAAGUUUGGAAGAAGAGACCAGAAAACUCAAAAUGCAGGUAAAAGAAAUUCAGGGACUUCUGGAGAUGAAAGAAAAAUAA